AGGAGCGAUACUAUGUGACUCGAUGGUUCGCACCGAAGCACGAACUAUAGGGCGUCCGCAUCGAGAAAUUCAAUUUUUCUGGAGCUGUAUCAGCCAGCUGGGAGAGGGUAGUUCAGUUCGAACACCUGACGACCUAAAGCGUAAACACGGUCUCUCCUCCCCCCUCUCAACAAUCAUCAUUUGGUUCUUCCUCCCGUAGUGUUGUGGCUGAUGGUGGUGAAGGAGCAACAGAAGCCCUGAUCGGAAAUUUGUGUUGCUUUUCGACGUUGUUGAGAACAAGCGUAGUCGAACCAACGUGGCGACCAUUGUCAUACGAUUAGGGAUGAGAUGAACGCGAGGCACAACAAAUUUGAGUUCACUCUAGAAGGACGCCAAGUUCAGGAAGCUGUGACCGGCCUCUUCCACACUCUGCUGUUUUUUAGGUCGACGGGAAAGUACCACUACAACGAGAACGGGUCGAGUUACGGCAUUGGAACUAUCGGUUUUGAAGACGUAACGUGUGAUUUCGUUGAUUUCACCUAUGUGAGAGCUUCUUCGGAUGAGCUGAAUCGUGAUAUCUCGCAAGACGUAGCUCUCUUCAGCAACGCUCUCAGAAGUACCGAAGGAACCGGUGGAGUUCAAGAAGGACAGAUCCAGCUAGAGUUCUAUCAGAAGAAAAAAUGGCGUUGGCCUUUCACCUACGAGAGUAUACCGUGGGAGAUUUGGAUCAUGAAGGUCAACAUAGUGAACCUACCGAAUGAAUCAGAACGUCAGAAACAUCGUUGCACCGCUGGAGAAGAGCUCGCCGAGGCUGUCUGCUCCGUUGCAUCGGCGAUGAACCGUAAUGAAUUCGUUCCUCGAGCGAGGCUCCGUGAGGAUCUGGACCUGAUUUUCGAGACGAAGUAUCCCGACAUCCAGCCCUACCUAUUCAAGGUCGCCUAUCAGACCAAUCUGGAGCCCACUUCUCCGUCGAUCCCAUCGGCCGUGAGGAGGAUUUUUCGCGACACGUUCGCUCUCUGAAUAGAGCGAUCAGAGCCCAACUGAAUCUACUUGAGCGUUUUGCUGAUUACGAUUUAAUGUGGCUAGGUUCUACGCGACUCGAAUGUAGACCGUAGUCAUUACAUCAUUCAUUAACCUCAUUAUUAUGAUUAAUCAUAGAAUUCUAUGAUGGAAUACACGCGGAUCCAUCAUGGCUCGACGUUUCAUUCAGAGGAACUCUCAUCACAUGGUCUCAUAACAAGAAAAGAGUUCUCGACAAGCGUUAUGUUGUCUUAGUCGUCAGACGAAACAGACAAGCAACAAACCAAUCAAACGAGGAAGCGGCAGAAUGAGGGCAAGAAGUCGGCGCGACGGCGAAAGGCCGACCCGCAGAGAAUCCUAGGAACAAGAGGAUGAGAGAGAGGCAUACAAAAGACAGCUUACACUUACAAACGGAAACACGUUUGAGUACAUAGUUGUACGGUGUACAUCAUGUAUGAUUGUAUAUAGGAGACUUUUCGAUGUUUCAUUGAAAGGCCUCCCAGCAUCGAAUAAUUCGUGAGCUGGAAACUGAAGCGAGAUGUCGGUGAUUUGAGCAAGCGUUCUCCUUUCCUCC